AUGGCUGUGCAUCUCAGUGGCAUGAUGGGUGACGCCUUCAGACCAGGCCCACAUCUCCACUUUCCUCCACCACCACUUGCAGGACCCCGGAAUCCCCGGAAUAAAACCUCCAGGGAGUCGCCGCGCAGGGGACCCCGGAUUCCUGCGCCCGGGCUCAGGUCACAGAGGACUGUGUCCAGGCUGCCCUUGGAGGGGACCAGAGCCAGGGCGAGUGCAGGCCUCCAGGAAGGGGCGGGCCCAGCCCCUCAGAUGCGGCAAGGGCCGCGUCCCAGGCUGCACCGCGCUUGGCCUCCCUCCUUGCUGUCCUCAGGGACGGACCCGGGUGUCCUGGGCCCUGGUCCUGCCCCGCCCUCCACGCGUCGCACCUCUGGCUUCAGGGGGAGCUCCGUGGGCCGGGAUUUGGGGGUGGUGGGGGCUUCCUCUGGCCCUGGCCCUGGGGCUGCGAGACCUCCGGGGAGCCGCAGCGGGUGUAGCCCAGCUGCCGUCCCAGGGCUCAGCAGAGCUGCCUGGGUAGAAGGACGCUUAGCUCAACCCAGGGGAGCCGCCGCAGGACAGGUCCGCGCAGGACACAGGGCCCUCCCUGAGAUGCGCGCCUGGACUGCAGGCCCCGGGCUGUGGCUCCAUUUGGCGAGGGAACGUCUUAUGCACUAUCCAGGAUUUGUAUCUGAUGUAAAGCUGGAUAAGGCUCCUCCCCCAUCUGGAGUCUUGCACAGGUGGAGGGAGAACGCCAACCCUCCUCUCAUUGCCUAUGCGCAGCGGCGACCAAUUGGUGGGCUGUCGCCUCAGGUGUUUCGCUCUGUCUUCUGGAUCACCCGGAGUCAGAAGAAAUACGAGGAAGAAGAACUUGGAGAGGGCCUUCCUCCCCUGUGUCGCAGGCCGCUGGGGACUGACUCCCAAAUUCCAGGAGAGUUUGGAACUGCUGGGUGGAUCUGCCAUUUGAUACUCAGAAAAGCCUCAAUUAUUUAUGACAGACCACAGGAAGAUUCUUGAGAGAGCUGGAAGGGGAAGAAGGCGCUGGUCAAUUUGUAGCGCACAUGCUUUGUUGAUCUGCGGACUUACCUGUUGAUGUGCAGCAGCAGCUUCGUCUGCCAUUGCUCUACAUUCCCCUGGAUCCUCCUACAGCUUCUCCAACCCCUGGACCAGAUGUUUAUGUGUGUUUAGCUUUGUGAAGAAAGGCUCUGGAUUCUGAAGGACCUCAGCGUGAGACCACAGACACAGACAACCAGGACAAACACCACUUUGAGUUUAUCCUCAUGGGAUUCCAGCUCAUGCUUGUGAGUCCUGCAUACUCAUGAUCCUCACUUUCUGACUAAAUGGACUAUGAACUUCUAGCUUUGCCAUCAGAGGAAGAGAUAGCAGCUCUACAUCUGCGGGACCAGCCCCCACAAUUUUGUAAGCCACCUUUCUGUAACAAAUCCCUUCAUACAUCUCCUACUGGUUCUGUUACUUUGGAUGAAUCUCAACCAAUACAAAACUAGCACACAACCCAAAUAGCCAUCAUAAAACUAAUGGAUAAAUGCAUUGUUGUACCAUUUGCACAUAGACAACUGCUCAUCAAAUAGGAAAUAACACAUUUUUGAUGCACAAAACAACGUGUAUGAAUCUCACAGACAUGCUGAACAAAAGAGUC